ACGAUCCGAGCUUCAUUCUACCAAUAACAGCGAGCCCGCGUGUGCGGACGCUGCGCUCGCGACCCGGUCAACACGUGAAAAAAAAACCGCCGUUCCAUUUUCAAAAGUGUUCGAAAACUUUUCGUGUUUCGUUGUGCGUAUGUUUGUGUGAUUUGUUUAUUAUCAAGGCGGCAACAUGGGAACUAUUAAAACGCUUAGGCGUGGUAUCCUGCUGCUAGUAUUAUCAUCAUGUGCACUGGCGCAGAGCAAGUCGGACGACUUGCAGGCAGUACCCAGCGACCUCAGGAGAGCAGUCAGCGAGGCGCUCGCUCUUGAGAGACGGUUCCUACAGGGUGCUAGAGAUGAAAACUGCUCAUCAGCGGAGGACUCUGUCAGCAACACGCCGUGUCCGCCGAGCAAGUACCGCAGCGCCUCUGGCGAGUGCAACAACGUGCGUCACCGACCGUGGGGCAGGCGCGGCGACGUGUUCCUACGAUUGCUGCCCGCCAAUUACGCCGACGAUGUCUCCAAGCCAAUGGAGCCGCCGCGGCUACCAGAGCCGGCGCUAGCGGUGCGGGCCGCAGCCCAGCUGACGCAGCCAGCCGACCAUGACUACGUGACCAGCAUGCUGGCCGCCUGGGGCCAGCUGCUGAUGGACGAUCUCAUCGCCACCGUCAACGGGAACAAGGACUGCCAUGGGGGUCACUGUGAAUACGUCCGAUCUGCGCCGACCAGAAACAUCGAUUCUUGUGGAUUUGAGUCUCGUGACCAGAUGAACAUGGCGACGGCCUUCCUGGAUGGCUCAGCUCUAUACGGCAGCUCAGAGAAGGAACUGCGGUCUCUGCGAUUAUACGACGUUGGCAAACUUGAUCUAGCUUCUUGCAGGAAGUGCAACGAACCCACCCCAACCGCACCCCUCUACAAGGCCCUAGUGGCUGAACAUAACCGCGUGGCCGGACAGCUGUACGCCAUGAACCCCUUCUGGGACGACACCACGCUUUUCCUGGAGACGCGACGAGUUAUCGCUGCUGUUAUACAGCAUAUCACGUUUAAUGAGUUCCUGCCUGUUCUUCUUGGAGAGGUGGGCAUGGCUAAGGCUGAGCUGAAACUAACUUCCCUUGGGUUCUGGCGAGGCUACUCCAGCGCCAACCGCGCUGGCGCCUACUCCGAGCUGGUGGCCGUCGCUCCUGUCUUCGAUGCCAUGAUGAACGAGAAACUGAUCAACGCCACCAUAACCGUCAGAGACCUAGCCGACACUAGCGCUUACCGCGUCUCUCGCUUCACAUCUUCAGCUACUUGGGACCUGAACAGGUCUCGUGACCAUGGUGUGUCCUCGUACCUUCGGGCCCUCAGGCUGUGCGAACCUACCGCUGGAGUGAAGUCUUAUGCGGACUUUGACAAGUUGGGCUUCGAUCGCGCGGAACAGGAAAUGCUGGCGAGCAUGUAUAGAAACCCUGAAGAUGUGGAGCUGAUGAUCGGUGGUUCCUUAGAGAAGGCAGCGUCAGGAGCAGUCAUCGGAUCCACUAUGGCCUGUGUUUUGGCUCUCCAGUUCGCUAACCUUAAGAAGAGUGACAGAUUUUGGUAUGAAAACGACAUCCCUCCCUCUUCGCUUCUGCCGGAACAACUGGCAGCCAUCAGAAAAGUAUCUCUGUCUGGACUGCUCUGUUCCGUCGAUGAUUCGUUGAGCGAAAUACAACCCAAGGCAUUCGUCAAAAAGGAUCCUUUCCUAAACGCAGCCCAAGACUGCUCGCAGCACGGCCGCAUGGAACUCGAAGCGUGGCGCGACGAAAGCGGCGCCAAGGCCGCCGAGCGACUAUCUCAGGACAUGCUGGCCGCUGCCCUGGAGAAGGCCAAGCAGGAGAUGGCUGAUAGGAAGAAACUAGAGUACAUGCUGUGGGAAGCACGUGGUGGAGCUGACCCUCACUCUCCCGUCGGUACCGCUGCCUCAUUCUCCAAAGCCAACAAAUAUGCUCUGAAGCUGGCCAACACUUCGCUGUUCUUCGAGUUUGCGACCAACGAACUGCUUAACUCCAUCAACGGACCUGGCCACCGCCGCAAGCGUCAAGUUUUCGACGACUCCCUCGGCUUCCCGACCUCCACCGACUUCGCUGACGCCCUCCAAUCCGUGGACGUGAGCGGCAUCCUCGGGCAGGACCCGGCCCUCGGUCCGGUCAUUGAGCCCGAAUGUGAUGAAAACGGCCAAUGUAACGCGGAUAGCCCAUUCAGGACGUAUACUGGACACUGCAAUAAUCUCAGGAACCCGAAUUUGGGAAAGAGUUUGACCACGUUCGCGAGAUUGCUACCUCCAGUUUAUGAAGAUGGUGUCAGCCGUCCCCGCAUCAACUCAGUAACCGGUACUCCGCUAGUGUCACCGCGUAUUGUCUCUACAGUGAUCCAUCCUGACAUCUCCAACUUGCACACUCGAUACACUCUUAUGGUGAUGCAGUUCGCCCAGUUCGUUGAUCACGAGCUCACCAUGACCCCUAUUCACAAAGGUUUCCACGAAUCCAUCCCCGACUGCCGCUCCUGCGACUCGCCGCGCACAGUUCACCCUGAAUGCAACCCCUUCCCUGUACCACGUGGAGACCACUACUACCCUGAAGUCAACGUGACCUCGGGAGAGAGGCUGUGCUUCCCCUUCAUGAGGAGCUUGCCCGGACAGCAGCAACUUGGACCCAGAGAGCAAGUCAACCAGAACACGGCCUUCAUCGACGCCUCAGUGAUCUACGGCGAGAACCCGUGUAUCGUCCGCAAGUUGCGCGGGUUCAACGGCCGAAUGAACGCUACUCAACAUCCGCUCCUCACCCGCGACCUUCUGCCGCGAUCCGACAACCAUCCUGAGUGCAAGGCCGCUAGCGGCUUCUGCUUCAUCGCUGGUGACGGUCGAGCAUCCGAACAGCCAGGCCUCACCGCCAUCCACACGGUGUGGCUCCGCGAGCACAACCGCAUCUCCGAAGGGCUGAAGGGCGUCAACCCCCACUGGGACGCGGAGCUCAUCUUCGAGCAUACCAGACGUAUUGUCACUGCGGAGCUCACGCACAUCAUCUAUAAUGAGUUCCUGCCGAGGCUGUUGUCGUGGAACGCUGUCAAUCUUUAUGGAUUGAAGCUGCUGCCUGCUGGAUACUACAAGGAAUACUCACCUACCUGCAACCCCGCUAUCGUGACGGAGUUCGCCGCGGCGGCGUUCAGGUUCGGCCACUCGCUGCUGAGGCCGCAUCUGCCCCGUUUGUCGCCCACGUACCAGCCCAUGGAACCUCCGAUCUUGCUGCGUGAUGGCUUCUUCAGGACUGACAUGUUCAUGAACCAUGCAGAGAUGGUGGACGAGCUUAUCCGCGGUAUCGCUUCAACCCCCAUGGAAACCCUCGACCAGUUCAUCACCGGAGAAGUGACCAACCAUCUCUUCGAGGACCGUCGCAUUCCCUUCUCGGGUAUCGAUCUGGUGGCCCUGAACGUGCAGAGAGCGAGAGACCACGGCAUACCCAGCUAUAACAACUACAGAGCGCUUUGCAACUUGAAGAGAGCAGCUACCUUUGAGGACUUGUCGAGGGAGAUUCCUGAUGAAGUUAUUGCAAGACUUAAGAGGAUAUACCCAACUGUGGACGACAUCGACCUGUUCCCUGGAGGCAUGAGCGAGCGACCACUACAAGGGGGAUUAGUGGGUCCCACCUUCGCCUGCAUUAUCGCCAUCCAGUUCAGACAGCUGAGGAAGUGUGACAGAUUCUGGUACGAGAACGACAACAACGCGGCCCGCUUCACCGAACAGCAGCUCUCGGAGAUCCGAAAAGUCACGCUCUCAAAGGUUCUCUGUGAGAACUUUGACCAGAACAGCGACAUCCAGAGGGCUGCCUUCGACCUGCCUAGCAAUUUCUUGAAUCCUCGCGUGCCUUGCGGGUCUCUGCCGAAGGUGGACCUUUCAGCUUGGAGGGAAAGUGCGGCGCAAGGCUGUCUAAUCGCGGGCCGUAACGUGCCUGUCGGCGACUCUGCCUUCCCCUCGCCUUGCACGUCAUGCAUUUGUACUUCUGAAGGGGCCCAAUGCGCGUCCCUGCGCAUCACGGACUGCGCGCAGCUGCUGCGCGAGUGGCCGCGCGAGGCGGUGGCGCGCGACGACGUGUGCGCGGCGCAGUGCGGCGCCGCCGCGCCCGGCCCACACCCCGCGGCCGCGCGCGCGCCGCGCCGCCCGCCGCUCAACUUCAAGUUCCCGGACCUGUCGCCGUUUGUUGCUAAGUGAGGAGUCAGUGGGGCAAGUGAUCGUUCUUUAGACGAGUGAUUUGACCGAAUUGCGAGCUCGCUACGUAAGCGAAUUUUUUUUGACGAAAUGCUUUUUUGUUUUCUUAGUGAGAAGCUUUAGUUCUAUCGAUCUAGGCACUUGGUAAGAAAAGAGAACCUCCGUUUGGGAUGUUUUUUCCGGUCUCGGACGUACAAGUUAAAAAAGUUCAUCGAACAUAGGUAAAACGUGACGACCCGAAAGAGGAUUUACGAUUUACCAAUGAUUCUAACGAAAAACAACAACUAAUUAAGUUUUGACAUAAAAAGUAUGUACAAAAAAUCCAGAUAUCGCUAAAAAAAUAUAAUUAUUGUCCUCAACUGUAUCUAUGUUUAACGAACGAUUACUCAGUUCUACUCUGGUUGUAGCUUAACAUACAGUCGCCAUCAGAUAUAUCGGAGCGGCCGAGGUGCUCAAAAAUAUCUGAACACACACUCUAACGCUGUUCAGAUUCAGAUGUUAUUGUUCUGAUCAAGCCGAACGCGGAUUUCCUUUUAUAUUCAGUUAGCAACAGAAAUAACUAAGCGACAUGAUCGUUUACAUGUUUUUUUCUCUUGUUGACUGUACUUUCAUAAAAAAAAUACUAAACAGGUCUAGACUAGAACCUGUUUUGUAACAGUGACCGUUUAUCGGUAUGUAAAGUGGACCUUUUAAUUUUGAGACCGCAAAUGGUAAAUAUAACGAAAAUAUAUUGCUCAAAUAUAUUGAACAAAAGGUUGUACAAUAUGGUAAAAUUAAUUAUCCGUCUAUAACGGAGUUGAUUACUAAUUUAAAUAUGAUUAAGUGCCGGGAAUAUCAAUAUACCUAAUAGUUUAUGCAACUGUUACCUAAUAAUGGGAUUAAAACACAAGUGUGAUUUAAUGUGAUUGACCGUUUAAACGCCAAAUGAUAAACGGUUGCAUAAUAAGAAUUUAUCUACGAACAUAUAAAAACCUUCUGUUGCGAUGUUUUAAUUUUUAAAUAGGGCCCGUAGCGGUUUUAUGAUAUGGGCGUAGAUAAAAAUAAAUUAAAACGAGUCCCACUUUUAAAUUAUUAUUUAAAUGUAGGGAUUAGAAAUAAAAUACUUUUCCAGUCUAUACCUUCCCUUGUGUAUUGUAGACUUGCAGAAUUAUAUACUCCUUGUUUAAGUUUAUUAUAACAAAUAAUUAGGUAAAGUGUAUUCAUCCUUACUUGUCCUAUCAUGUAAACAAACACUUCUCGAAGACAUUAUAACACUUUUCUCUGGAAUUACACAAUAAUCAUCACUUAAAAUGUUGCUGUAUAUUUAAAGAAACUCACAAAGUAUUGAAUUCAACCAAAUAAUCACUGAAAAACCUCAUUUCUAAUAAGAUUUUCAUCAAUAAUCGUAGUAACGAACGGAUAAUCUCAAAAACAUCUGACAUUACGAUGUCUACAUUGUCUAUGAGUCGUAUUGUUGGAAUGACACUUAGACGUCACGUUUGUUUACAUGAUAACACACGUGAGGAUGAAUACACUAUAGUUAAAUAUGUAUAAUAAAUAGUUGCUAUUUAUUAGUCUAAUUUAGGGUAUUGUUAAGAUCUGUACAUUGUUUAAGACACUUCGUUGCAAUGCAAUAAUGUGGCUUUAACAAACUGUUUCAUAAAGUACCAAAUUACAUUUUUAUAAUUUUAUACUCCUUCGAAAUAAAAUUCUUUUUAAUUAUAGUUAAGCAUUUAUGGCCAUCGUUAGCUUUAAUUUUGAUGUGGCGAAAACAAAAUUAGGUUAAGUAUAUUGACAUAAUAAAUACAAUACACCCAGUUGUUCUAAAAAUACAAAUUGACAUGCACUAAAUAAAUGUUACAUGUUACCAAGAUGUACAAUAAUUGAGUCAGAUGUGCAAGUUGCGGCAAGUUUCCAAAAAGUUGGAUACAUUAUCGGAAAUUUCAGGAAAUUUUGAGAGAAAAUGAUGGAUUUCACUUUGGAUAUGGAAAAUUCCGAUACCCAUACAAAAAUACGAGAAGUUUCCGAAAUUUUUCCAUUUGGAAAUUUCGCUAUUUUGGAAACUUUCCGACGGCACAUCUGUAACUGAGUAUAAAAAUCAAAUAGUUACCUUAACUUGUUUAAUUUACCGAUAUGUGCUGUUCUAGUUGUAUAAGUUUUAAAAACAGUUAUCAACAUUUGUCACUGCCUAAAGGCCUGUGCACACCGGCUGCGUUUGCGUAUACGUGUGGGUGCGCGUUGUAAUAUACAGAUACUUAUGAGAUACGGCACACCUCCUGCGUGACGUUUUAGUGCACGCGCACGUAUCCGAUGUGCUCAGGCCUUAAAAUGUUCUUGUAUAAAUAAUUGUAGUAAACAUUGGCCGAAAUCAAGGUGUAAAAUUGUUAUAACUAGCUAUUAUAGGAACACAAAUCUCAUCUAGUGACAAAACAAGUAAACGAAUAUUUUGUUUUAAAAA